AUGGAAAAGAGGAAUGAAAGUAAGCCUAUGGAUCGAAUAUACGAAAGUCCGCAUAUGAAUAUUCACGCCCCUCGACCGGAUGCCAAGGAAAAAGGAAACAAACGAUUCCAAACAAUGGGUGAGUUCAUGUUCAAUAUUGACCAUGGGUAUUUGGAAGCCCUUAUCCGUGGAUUCAAAACAGGACUGCUUUCACAAAGUGAUUACGCAAAUCUUGUCCAAUGUGAAACUCUGGAA